AUGGCUGCACUCGGCGUUUACGUCAUGGUCUCGGCAUCGCCUGACAAUGACGCAUACUAUGGCAAGUACCGCUACUCGACCAUUACCAAAAAAUUAAGCUGUUCUGGGAAAGUAUCAACCAGCGGAGGUGCGAAGACCGUAGAUCAGACCGAGACCUGCUAUCCGGCACUGCUGCUUGAGUACGGCAAGAAGAUUAUUCAAAACUUUGCCCAGUACGACAACACGCUGGGCAUUGUUGUGGCCAAUGAAAUCAUGCAGGAAGAUCUUACGUCCGCUUCAUGUGUGAAAGCCUAUGUAGCUGAUCUGAAAAAUUGGAUGAAGAUGACUAUCACGUCAUCAAAGUCCAAGGACUGCUCUGUGGAGAUCGGAUGGUUGAUGGCAUGA